AUGGAAGAACUGCAAAAGACACUUUUAUCUGAGAUGUUAGAGGAGUCGGAAACUAAGUUGGGAAGUACCAAUAAAGGAAUAUAUGAAAUAAAACGAAAGCUUUUCCGAAAGAAAGUUCUUUUGGUUCUUGACGACGUUGACGAUAAAGAGGAGUUAGAAAAUUUGGCAGGAGGGUGUGAUUGGUUUGGUGCAGGUAGUAGGAUUAUUAUAACGACAAGGGAAAAAGAUGUCCUGAUUGCUCACCAUGUUGGAAAUAUUUAUGAAAUGAAGGAACUUGAUGAACAACAUUCUUUGGAGCUCUUUUGUUGGAAUGCCUUCGGACAAGGUUGUCCUAAAACAGGUUUUCAAGAUGUGUCUAUGCGUGCUGUAGAUUACGCCAAAGGUCUUGCACUGGCUUUAAAAGUGAUAGGCUCUGACUUAGCUACUCUUCAUGAAGAAAGUUUAGAUGCCUGGGAAGAUGCAUUGGAAGAAUAUGAGAAGACUCCUCCGAAUAAAAAGAUUCAAGAUGUGCUUAAAAUAAGCUACGAUAGAUUGGAUGAUGAUGUCAAACAAGUUUUCUUGGACAUAGCUUGCUUCUUUAAAGGGGAGAGAAUGAAAUAUGUGAAAAAGAUACUUAAGGAAUUUUGUUCAACAUCCAACAUGAAAGUACUUGUCAAUAAAUCACUCAUAACUGUCAAGAAUGACAGACUGAAGAUGCAUGAUCUAAUACAAGAUAUGGGUAGACAGAUUGUUAGACAGGAAGCACCAGAUAAUCCUGGAGAACGUAGCAGAAUAUGGGAUUAUGAAGAUGUCAUUGAAAUACUAACAGAAGAUUUAGGAAGUGAUAAGAUUCAAGGGAUUAAGCUAGAUCCUCCUAAGCAAGCAGAAGUAAUAUGGAGUCGCACUGAGUUUGGGAAAAUGAAAUGGCUCAGAAUUCUCAUUGUUCGAAACACAUCAUUUUCAUCUGAACUUCAACAUUUACCAAAUCAUUUAAGACUACUUGAUUGGGAUAACUAUCCUUCAAAGUCUUUCCCCCAAAAAUUCCAUCCAAAGAAAAUCGUUGUUUUCAAUUUGCCUAGAAGUUGUCUAACAUUCAAAGAGCCAUUCAAGAAAUUUUCAUGCUUGAGUAAUAUGGACUUUUCAUAUAACCAACGUAUCAUUGAAAUACCUGAUGUGUCCGAACUUCAGAAUCUAAGAGAACUGAGACUUGAUCAUUGUAGAAACCUAAUUGCAGUCCAUCAAUCUGUUGGAUUUCUAAAAUGGCUUUCUCAUUUAAGUGUUUCAGAAUGCACAAAACUUCAAAAUUUCCUGUCCAGAAUGUUUCUACCAUCUUUAGAAGUCUUUGAUCUUAAUCUAUGUGAAAGAAUUAGUCACUUCCCAGAGAUAAUGCAAGAAACGACAAAGCCAUUGAAGAUUUAUAUGAUAAAUACGGGUAUUCAUGAGCUUCCAGAAUCCAUUGGUAAACUUAUUGGGCUUGUUUUUAUAGACAUAUCCAAUAACAGACAACUUAAAUAUCUGCCAAGCAACUUAUUCAUGUUGCCAAAUGUUGAUUCCUUCAAAAUCAAAGCAUGUUCGAAACUUGGAGAAUCCUUCAGAAGUUUGGUGCCACACCCUUCAAAAGUCAAUGUUCGUUCGAAAUUACGAUCACUGAAUUUCCAAAAGGGUAACUUGUCUGAUGAAGAUCUUCUUGCGAUUAUUUGCUACUUUCCGAAAUUAGAAGAAUUGAUUGUUUCAGAGAACAAUUUUGUAUCUAUCCCUUCAUGCAUCAAUGAAUGUGGUGACUUGACAAGUCUCGAUUUAAAUGGAUGUAAGAAGCUUAAAAAAAUUCCAGAAUUCACUGGCUUGAGAAUUCUUGAUGUUCAUCAUUGUUUCUACCUUGAAGAAAUUUCAGAGUUGCCGUCUAUUGUUCGGAAAGUAGAUGCAAGAUUUUGUCUCAAGUUAACAAAAGAGACCUCACAUAUGCUAUGGUGUGAGGUAUCAUACUUGUUUUAA